AUGAGCUCCAUCAUUCGCAGCAAGAUUCCCCCACACGUGGCCCGCCCUUCAAUGGGCCUCGGCUCUCCGUUGCAGAGCAUCGUCCCGUUCUCGCGGCGAAAAUAUGCACAGAGCUCCUACGGGGGCGAAGGAGAACACAAUAAUGCGGAGCACCCAAAAAGCCAUCGUAACAGCCCUACACGAGAUAUCGAACACCCAGGACCAACCCCACCCAACGUCAGCAAGGACGCACCGUCUUCGUCUGGUAAUAAGUCCGAAUCCCAUUCCUCGAAAACCAGUGAGGGUGCUAUCAACACCAUGCCGAGCAAUAAGGCCCAUCCGACGAUCACAGACGGCCAACAGUCCCCUAACAUUGACUCCAAAGGCAAUCUUCGGGAUGAUGUGCCCCAGGAUGUGAAACAGCAUAAUAAGGAGAUGUCGCAGCGGCAUGAUCGAGCAUACAAUCAGAUUGCCGACGAAGGCGAGUAUCGGAAGGGGUUCUAA